AUGGAAGGGAGGCUGGUUCCAGCUCUAAAUCGAAGAGCUGGUAUCCAAGAAGCCAUUUGCCCUCCGGGGCCUCAGUUUCCCUAAUAGGAAGAGAGGGUGGUGCUGGAACGAUGGCGUCGAGCCUACUCCAGCUCUCAGUGUGAGGAUGGGGGGAACCCAGCUCAUAGGCCGCCAGCCGCCAAGGGGGCAGUAACACAGAACCCCCAGAGAGCGAACCGUUAAAGCUCUCGCGCACGCUCUCCGAGAAUCUUCCGGCUGCUCAACCAGAGCGCGCGAGAGCACCUUCCGUCCCGCUCCCGUCCGCAUGGUAACAGCUGAGUGACCAAUCAGCGAGGAUCUCUUUCUCGGUCACGCCCUCUCCCGGUUUGCGGAGCCCUGGCAACGGCAGCACCUUCGGGCUGGGGCCCGGAGCGGGGGGCGGGAGAGGGCCUGGCCUGCAGGGCCGGCGCCAUGCUCAAGGCCAAGAUCCUGUUCGUGGGGCCUUGUGAGAGUGGCAAAACUGCCCUGGCAAACUUUUUGACAGAAUCUUCUGACAUCACAGAGUAUAACCCAACCCAAGGUGUGAGGAUCCUGGAAUUUGAGAACCCCCAAGUAACCAGCAACAACAAAGGGACAGGGUGUGAGUUUGAGCUAUGGGAUUGUGGAGGAGAUACAAAGUUUGAAUCAUGCUGGCCUGCCCUCAUGAAGGACUCUCAUGGGGUCGUGAUCAUCUUCAACGCCGAUAUCCCCAGCCACCUGAAGGAGAUUGAAAUGUGGCAUUCUUGCUUUGUGCAGCAGCAGCUGUUGCAAGACAAUCAGUGCCUUUUAAUUGCUCACCACAAGCCAGGCUCUGGAGGGGACAAGGGGAACUUAUCUUUGGCGGCACCUCUGAACAAGCUGAAAUUGGUCCACUCCAACCUGGAGGAGGAGCCUGAGGAGAUCCGGACGGAAUUCAUCAAGUAUUUGAAAAGUAUCGUCAGCUCAGUGUCUGAGAGCAGAGAUAGGGAGGAGAUGUCCAUCAUCACCUAGCCUGCCGGCCAUUCACACCGGACACCAUUACACCUUUCAGGGCUGGCCUUCAUCGUGGGCGUUUCUGAAUCUCUGAGGGCACCAACCCAACGAUUCUCUGCUACAGACAGAACGUUAUGGUUUAAAGAGCCCUGCGGGCCAAUCUGCCUGCUUCUGAUGUUCCCAGAAAACUGCAAGAUCAGCCAGAGUUGUAUUUGUUCAGUUUUGUCUCUCCUUUAGUUGAGGAAGCUCUGCAAAUGUUAUUGCUGUUGCCCACUGAUCAAUAAGUCUGGCCCUCAAGAUGGUUGCUCUUGGUGUGUAAUAACCGAAUGUGUUGUCUUCUCAAGAAUAAGUGUACUAGAAUGUUUAUUUUUCUACAGAAUGCCGUAAUAUUGGGGAAACUCUGCUGCGUUGAUUGGGGGCUUACAGGCCAAUUUAUAUAAAUAGACUCGUCAACAUCAGGGCAUUUUCAUCCUUAUCAAGCUUGUCUAUUCACAUAAAAGGGAUGCUAUGUUUUCAUAUCACCUAAUUGGUACAAAUGCUCAAGAAUUCACAUUUCACAUGGUUUUCAGUUCAUCGAAUAAGCAAGUUUGUUUUCAUAUUUUUCAAGCUUUUUUCCCCGACUGCCUGUCUGAUUCUCUUAAAUUUUGCCAGAUGUAGCCCAUCAGAAAUAAACUGUCAUUACCUGUAA